UGUGCAAUCGUAGCAACAAAAAAAAAGCCGUGUGCCAUCGGACGGACGGUAUACCUUUUGGGCCGACGAGCGGAACCAAUUUCCAGUCGCGCGGGUAAAUUAAAGAACAAAAUCCACCCGCCUGCUCGAUCAACGCCAUCAACGCUUUUCCACCAUCAACACACCACGCCGGUGGGCUGGACGCCGCAUUUCCACAUCGGCAAACGGUGGACCAAAGUAAUGCGCUGUUGUUUACCUUUUUAGUUGGCAAUUUUUCCUUAACAACCGCAACCCGGCGGACGGACAGAAUGUCGCACACCAUCCUGCUGGUGCAGCCGGGGCAGCAUCCGGAAACGCGCACCUACAGCGACUACGAGAGCGUGAACGAGUGCAUGGAGGGGGUGUGCAAGAUCUACGAGGAGCAGCUGAAGCGGCGCAACCCCAACACACCGACCAUCACCUACGACAUUAGCCAGCUAUUCGACUUUGUCGAUCAGCUAAUCGAUCUCAGCUGCCUCGUCUACCAGAAGUCGACCAACACCUACGCGCCCUACAACAAGGAAUGGAUAAAGGAGAAAAUCUACGUCCUGCUGAGGCAGGCGGCCGGCACCAACGCGUAACCCAACCGGUGUCGGAAGAGGGCAGCAGCACGUGCUGCGACACGAGCCGACUUUUUUUUCAUAUUUUAUUUUAUUUUUUAAAUUUCCUUUCCCAUUAUUUGUACACACUUUUACAGGCUGAGAUUGUGUUUGGACAGCCCGAACAGCAAAAAAAAAACGAUCCCAACCCAAGGACUGUGUAGGAACGAGGUCAGAUAUUAGCCAAAAUCGGUUUGGCCAUCUUUGACAGCGGAGAGCCGUUGAAAAUGCAUCAUACUUCAGAAAUUUAUUAUUACAAGAGACAUACAUACUUUUCCUGUAAAAUGUUAUUGUGAUUCAUCAUCAUCAUCAUCAUUCAUCAUUAAAAUCCUAAUUAAAAUUUGAAUCAAAAAGGGCUUUCAGGUGUCAAACUGCUGGAACGAACUUGUAGCUACUUGUCAAAUCGUUCUACAUUACUUGACCUCGUUGCUACACAGUCGUUGGUCCCGACCAUGGGCGGUGCAAUGUCGGCAUGGGAUGCGGGUGAGGAGGUUGAAUUAAGUACGCCAAAACGACGAUCAUGAUAACAAAGGAGGCGCUUUAUCAUUUAACAAAAAAAAACCUGUGCGCGCGGUAGUUGUUAAGGGUCGCCCGCCGCCGCCGCGUAUACACAAUGUGUUCAAAAAGCAUACCAUGUAACGGUUGAGUAAUAAAACAAUAUUUUAACAAGCAUAAGAAA